UCGAAUUACUACACGUGGUUUUUAAUCUUAUUUUAUACUACAUACUCAAGAUCUAAAAUUCAAAUAUCUCCGACAAAAUGGCUGCCGAUAAUUCUAAGGCUUUUACUGUGCAAAAUAAUGUUUAUAAAGGAAAAGUGUCAUCUGUUGUAGUUAACUAUAACAGCCUGGCAGAGUUAAUAUGGUCCAAAAUGAAAAGCAAUGGAGAUAAAAUUGCACACUUGGACGCAUGCACUGAGAAAGUAGUUACGUAUACGAAGCUGCAAGACAAAGUCGUGAAAUGCGCAUUAUGGCUACAAAAACAAGAAAUCAAACCCGGCGAUGUUGUUACUGUGUGCACACACAAUCAUUUUGAUUCCAUUGUGCCUUGCUUGGCGGCAAUUUACGUCAACGCGAUCUUUAAUCCGUGGUAUGAGGGCAUGGAUUUGCAAACCGCGCUGCAUGUCAUGCAACUGACAACUCCGAAAGUGAUCUUCUGCAGCGAGAAACCCGCGAAUAUUAUUUUGAGAGCGAUAAAAGAAAGCAACUUUAACCCCAUUGUUGUGGUCUUUGGCGAUCAUCCAGACGCGAUCACGUUUUCAAACAUUUUGAAUAAUCACAGCAAUGCAGAAGUGACAAAUUUUCGAUAUGUCGAGAUCGACAACAUCAAGCAAACGGCGUGCAUCAUACAUUCCUCAGGCACCACUGGAAUGCCAAAAGGCGUCGAAAUGUCCAAUUACUGUCUAAUAAUCGCCAGCGUGGAUACAAAUGUAAAUUUGAACAAUGCGGUGUCAAUUUGGUUCUCAUCACUUUAUUGGUUCAGUGGAAUAAUAAUGAACCUAAAAUCCAUCGUGCAGGGCGCCACAGUAAUUUUAUAUCCGGAAUUUGAUGAAGAAAUGACGUGUAAAUUAAUCGAGAAAUAUAAGUGGAUGAUGGGCGUUAAAAUCGCCACCCACAACAAAGUCAUUAUGGAACUGAGAGAAAAAUUGAUGCCAUUCUUCAAUUAAGAUUCUAAUAUUGGGAAGUUUGUAAAUAGCAACUAUGGUAAUAGGACUAGAGCCGAUUUGGAUAUCAACUGCAUAUGCCUCAAUCUUAUCAUCAGCGGUAUAGUGAACGUUCUUUACCUUAUAUUUGAUAUUGCUUCUUACAAAUAUAGCGACUCCUCCACCACGUCAAUCCAACCUCCCUGAUUUAAUGGUGUCAAAUUCCUGAGAAGGAAUCUGUCGUUUGGAUUCAACCAAGUCUCGGAUAUUAGAAAUAUAUCAUACGUAGAGGCUCUCUUUUCCAAUUCGAGAUGUUUCCUAAAAAUACUUUGGCAAUUUCACUGUAAAAACAUAAGCGAUUUAGUCAUUAUAACAUUGGAGGGUUAUCCGAGGCUUGGUGCAUCAUCUUAGAUUUAGAUAAAUUAACAAUAGAUUUUUUAAAAGUAAAGUUAUUAUUAAGUAAGAUAAAUAUUUUAGUUAGUAAAUUCAUAAUUUCCUCUAGAGAUGAACUAGAGGUAUUAACAAUAAGUAUAUUAUUAACGUCACCAGAAAAUGUUCCUGUAGUCAUCUUGGUGAAAGUUUUGUUGAACACGAUGGUGAAAUGAUAUCCUGAUGGGGGUGUCUGUUGUUUUGAGAUAGAUCUUGUUUUGAUAGGAUCGGGAAGUCAGUUUCAUUGAUUGAUUGUUUCCGAGUAGUAUAUGAUGCCUCUCUCUUAGCACCGACAAUAGAAGAAUUUGAACUUGAAGCGAGUUUCCUGGCAGUGUUAAAGUCCAUGUUUUGUGUAGCCAUUAAAUUAGUUGCCUUUUUUUAAUGAUGACCUCUGGACAUAUUUUGGACAAUGAUGGGUGUGUACCAUUAUAGUUUAUGCAACAAGGAGGGUGUGAGCAGGAGGUAUUAUCUGGAUGUUUGUCUUGACCGCAUACAAGGCAUUUGACGCCGUUUCUGCAGAACUUGGUGGCAUGAUUUAAUUGUCCGCAAUUAAAGCAUUGUCUAAUGUCCGGAAUGUACGGGGCCAUUGACAAUCUAGAUCUUCACAUAAUAACAUUAGAAGGAACCGUAGCUGAUCUCAAAUUAAGUUUAACGGUGGUUGAAUUAACAAAGGUGGCCACACCAUCAACAUAGGUUCUAGUUUUAAAACGAUAUAUGUCUACUUUGUCAAAUAUUAAAUUGGGAUUGCU